ACAACAGGGUCUCUGACUCCUCCAGCCACCUCCAGCCUCAGGUCUCUCGACGUGAACCUGGAACGUUCCCAGGUUGGAUACGUCAGUUUAAUCCACCACCAAGGACUCUGGAUCUGGGAUAGGCUUGGGUAGUCAGAGUAUGGUCAAAAAGGACUUGCUGGGGGUAAAGGGAGAACGUUGCUGUCAGAGGCAGCGCGUCCCUCGCCACCUGUCAGACGCACCUCGGGGCUGGUGUUGCUUAUGCAUUUGGGAGAGUGAAGGGGUUCGUGUUCACGAUUCCUAGCGAGCUAAUGCUGGUUUAGGAUUUCACAGCUUACAAGGCGCUUUGGCUAGUUUUCUCUCUUAAUCCUCCUAUCCUGCAGAGUUACCCAGGGCGACCUCGCGGCUCCACGGUCCCCGGCUAGGCCGAUGGCCGGUCGCUGGACCCAGCGUAGUCGCCGAGCGCGGCCGGAGUAGAGGCGGAGCCCAGGCGGCUGAGACGGUGCACAGGUCAUCGAGGGGCGGGGCUCGCGCGGUGACGUCGCUCGGCUGCGACGACACCCGUGCUGGACACCAUGCUGGCGGCAGGGCGCCGCGGUCUGCGCCUCCGGGAGCGUCCGGAGCUCAGAACCUGUUCGUUCUUGCGCCGCGGUGGACGAGAGCCCGUGGAGAGAGCAGUGUCUCUGUGUUCCAAGUACCCACGUGGAGACGUGCGAGAUGGAGAGCGAGGACGCGGGGUGGCUCCAAAGAAAGUCCCAGGCGCGGAGUCGUCCCCAUCGCUCCCUCUGCGAGUCCCGGGCUUGGGGACCAGAUGGCUUUCGUCACUGGAAAGCCUCAGAUUGCCAACGCCGCGAGAAGAGUCAUCUCGAGAGCGCAAGGAUCCGGGAGGGGACCAGAGCCUGGCGGGUCCCGAAAACCGGAGCUCUGGGGAUCCCUCGCUGCCUGCCCUGGAGCAGUCCACCGCCGAGAUCGAAGAACUUCACGUCUGCGCAGCUUCCAGAGAGAGACCCUUGCAGGCUGGAGAGAUGAUUUUAGCUGAGACUGGGGAGAAAGAAACACAGUUUAAAAAAUUAUUUAAGUUGAGCGACACCGGGCACUUAAACAGUUGUUGGGGGUCAGUCCCAUUCAGCAAGAUCGUGGGGAAAUUCCCUGGCCAGAUACUGCAGAGUUCCUCGGGUAAGCACUUCAUGCUGAGGAGGCCGGCAUUGGAAGACUAUGUGUUAUUGAUGAAAAGAGGGCCUGCCAUAACAUACCCAAAGGAUAUGAAUAUGAUGCUAUUGAUGAUGGAUAUCAGCCCAGGUGAUACCGUUUUGGAAGUUGGCUCAGGCACUGGUGGAAUGAGCUUAUUUUUAUCCAGAGCAGUUGGAUCAAAAGGACGAGUCAUAAGUUUUGAAAUACGAAAAGACCACCAUAAUUUGGCUAAGAAGAAUUAUAAACACUGGCGUGACUCAUGGAAAUUAAGUCACGUAGAAGAGUGGCCAGACAAUGUGGACUUUAUUCAUAAGGAUAUUUCAGGAGCAUCUGAAAACAUAAACUCUUUCACAUUUGAUGCGGUAGCUUUGGAUAUGUUAAAUCCUCAACUUGCUUUGCCUGUUUUAUAUCCACAUCUUAAACAGAGUGGUGUAUGUGCUGUAUAUCUAGCAAACAUCACACAGGUUAUUGAACUUCUAGAUGGAAUUCGCAUCUGUGAACUUGCUCUCUCAUGUGAAAAGAUAAGCGAAGUCAUUGUCAGAGAUUGGUUGGUUUGCCUUGCAAAACAAAAGAAUGGAAUUUUAGCUCAAAAAGUAGAACCUAAAAUCAACACAGAUUUAAAAUUACAUUCUCAAAAGAAAAUUAGAGUUGAAGGUGAGCUGUUUCAAGAGGAUAAUUAUGAAGAAUCACAUUCUGAUUUCGCAUAUGGAUCAUUUCCCUAUAUUGCUAGACCUGUUCGCUGGCAAACUGGUCAUACAGCUUUUCUUGUCAAGUUGAGGAAGUUCAAACCGCCACUGAACUGAGUACCCCAGAUGACAGCAACUGAUUUGAAGAGGGAAAAGUAUCAAAAUAGAACUUUAUAUAUUAUAAAUCACUACUUCCACAGACUGGUAUUUUUAGCUAUACUACUUUGUGUAACUUUUACAUAAAAUUUUGAAGAAUAACAAAAGUUGAAAGAAGAUGGGUAACAUUGCAAACUGCCUAAAUGCCCUAUUUUGACACUUGCUGUACAGUUAGACACUUUGUAGUUAAUGAUUCCAAGUUGCUUUAGUUCAGCCAUCUCAUUCUUCACUUCCUGUAAACCACUCCAUAGAUUUGUCUUUCUUCAUAAAAUUAGCAUUCU